AUGACUGACAGCACAGAGCACAACAAAGGGUUUUCAAAGCUGUUGGCAGAGAUUUACAACUUGGAAACACCAGCAGGGCAGAUCUUUUGUGGCACCCACACUACACUGGGCUUCAGCAGUGCAAUGAAUAAAGUGAUGCGGUUGGUGGAGGCUGAUAUGAAGAUGGAGCAAGUGCUUCAAAGUUUCAUGGUGGAUCUAGAUGUAGACAGCAAGAAUGCCAGUGUGGCUGGACAGGCACUGGACAUGUGCCUUAAGUUGGUGGCUCCUGAGUACGCCCACAAACCCUGGAACCGCUAUAAGGAAUUUCUCCACUUCCUUGAGCAAAAGCAGGUAUCCAGUGUGCUGUUUUCAUACAAAGACAGCAGGUUUGGGUGUCUCUCAAGGGCAGCAGCCGUCCUAAUACACCACUUUGGCCAUCUAACAGAGUUCCUGAGCCAGAACCCUCACAUUAACAACCGUCUGACCUGCCUCGUCAAAGAAGUGAUGGAGCUUCCCUACUUAAAGGUGGUCCUCGUGGUGUUUGCCUGCCUGGGUGUGCACUUGGUGGAGCCUUUCUAUGCCCGAACCAUCGAGAAAGAUGCUACCCAUUCUCAGCUCAGGGAGUUCUACAAGGGACUCCACACAGGCUUGGGUCAGCCAAUCAGUGACAGUUACACUGCAUUCAUAACACCUGAGUAUCCUGUAGUGUCUGAAAAGCUUUUCAGUAGCGUAAAGAGGACCUACACAGAAGAGGUGCUGAACUCUGUGUCUGACGUGGCUGCUGAACACUUGGAUGAGGUGAAGAAGCUGAUUGCGCUCAUGCAGCCCCACCUGAAGACAGUCCUGGCCAGGCAGAGAAGGGACUUUGGGAUUGAUGAGGAGACCUUCCCAAUGGACAACCCGGUCAGUGAACAGGCUGGUGAUAUUGAUGGCACCCCUGUGCACAACAUUGGGAUGGAGAGACAAUGUGGCAAGGUGGACUACAGACUGAAGAAACUAGAGGAUUCAAGGCAGCAGCCCAGGCAAAACGAGAGGUUGAACUAA